AUGGUAUUGUCGAACGAGAACGAAUUUGUCGUUCAGGACACUACCUUUUCUUCCCUCCACAAUGCUGUGGUGGUCCUGACUGGUGCUUCAUCUGGAAUUGGUCGUGAAACCGCUCUUGCGCUUCAUCAACACGGCGCACAUGUAGUAUUUGGUGAUGUCGACGCAAAUGGUGCGGCAGAGACGCUCUCCAUGGCCGAGCAACAGCAGAACCAGUUGGGAGGGAGUGUCGAAUACAUCCAAUGUGAUGUUUCCCUAUACGAUGAUGUCUACCGACUUUUCUCAUCGGCCCUGGACAAGCACGGCCAUGUUGACCACGUCGUAGCGUCGGCUGCUAUUUUCAAUCGUGAGAAAUGGAUCGACCCAGCACUGAGCAUCGAAGAAGUCGCAAAGCCGAACACGAAAGCGUCGAAAAUCUUGGAUGUGGAUUUGGUCGGCACGGCCAAUACUAGCAGGAUUGCUGGUCCUUUCCUCAUGGCGAAUAGGAAGGGAGAUACCGAGAAAAAGACCUUGACACUCCUAGGCAGCGUGGCUAGUAUGCAGCAGGUUGGAGAGGCUGUCAUGUAUCAGGCUGCAAAACAUGGAGUUCUCGGGCUGUUGCGCGCGAUGCGUACCCCGUUCUACCGCCAUCGAAUCCAGGUCAACUGUGUUUGCCCUGAUAUCACCUUGACUCCUAUGGCCGCACCCUUUAUGGAUAGCUUCAAAAAGAAUAGAGCCUGGACUCAGACUUCCGAGGAUGUCGCACGUGUCAUUCUGGGCCUGCUGGACUCUGAUAUCCAUGGAAAGUCAUUUUACCUUGGAGCUGGCAGGGCUUGGGAAUUCGAGGACGGCCUUUCGGAGGCCAUGCCUCACUGGCUUGGAUCAGAAGGUUCACGACACUUCAAAUGGAAUCUGGAGUGUCUGGCUAAGGUUAGUCCUGUCCCAUUCUCUUCACACACUUUCUCUAACUGCUUCUGUCAGGACCACUGA